AUGGUUUCCGAUUCUCUCAUCUACCACCCCAGCGUGGCCCAUUACCUGAAAUUCGUCGCAACAACCGUCGGUCGCGAUAAACUCCUCCGAACACUCCAAUACUUCUCGAGAUUCUACGCUUGGUAUCUCUUCCGCACGAAUGCUACACCAGGAGAGAUCGCACCUUUCGAUGCGAUCAAGAAACAGUUCGGGCUGGCGCGCAAAUUGAUGAGGGUGGGGAAGAAUGUAGAGCAUUUGAAAGCCGCGGCUGUAGCUGCUGAUUCAAAGGGACUGGACCCUAUUAUCAAGUACUGUGCGGUCGGAAGACAAUUGGGAUAUGCGGGAUACUUGUCCCUUGAUACGAUCACGGUGUUGGAUGCUGCGGGGAUAAGGAAGAGCGAGGCGACGAAGAGGAUUCAGAAGGAGGCUUAUAGGUGCUGGAUGUUUGGCUUGUUGUUCAGCACUAUGAGUGGCGUCUAUUCUCUAUACAAUCUGAGAUUGCAGCAACAGAGGGUUGACAAGAAGGAUGGAGAGGGUGUUGUGGCUAGUAAGAGAAUUGAGAAGGAGCGAGCCGCUAUCAAUCUACAACUUCUCUCAGAUCUCUGCGAUCUUACAGUUCCUACCUCCGCUAUUGGUCUGACGAGCUUUGAUGAUGGAUUCGUUGGUUUGGCAGGAACAGUGAGCAGUUUGAUCGGUGUUUAUAGCCAGUGGAAGAAAACGGCUUAA